AUGAUGGGAGAAGUGUGCACAAAUCAGCAUCUAGUCUUCAAAUGUGUUCAUUACACCUGGUUAGACGAGUGCUUUGAACAUCGCGUUGGUAAAUGCGACGCGAAUACUGUCAGUUUUGCUGGUACAGCGGGUUACCGAAUAGCUUUAGCACGAUGCGACUACAGAAAAUCACACAUCUCAAGCGAAGGGACAACGCCAUUAAUUGGAUCGCCAUCCGAAAAGUCGCCAUCGCGCUUGCAGUUGCUAUCUACACUUGGAUAUCUCCAGACACAGUGCGCAUUGAGCAGAAGUAAGAACUGCUCUAGUGAAUAUGUGCACAAUAUAAUGGCACAGUGUGAGGAACGAAUGAAACCACGAGCUGGCUACCAACAGUUUGACAGACAUCGACUGUUACGGAUCAAAUUGGAUACAUCGAAAAAGUUGAUGCUUUAUUCUGAAACUGAUAAAGAACGCGAGUGCCUAGUGAUUCGCUCAACACUCUCGGAAAUGUACACGCUUCAUCACGCUUACUGCUAUCAUUCUCUUGUUACACGCUGCUUGUGUGAGCGUCUUCGACUGGACACCUUAUGCCAGAUUAGAUGCGAUCGACUGGAGCCAACGUCUCCUAAUCAGUAUCGCUUGGCCUGGGAUGAAUGGAGGGAUGCACGACUCAUCUCUUCACUGAUAACCUCGCCUCAUGCGACCAUAACUCUAAUAUUUUUCAUCGCUCUUUCACUGUUCCGUUGA